AUGUGUGUUAAGCAAUGUGAAUCUUACAAAGGAGGGUGCAAAUCUGUCAACUUUAACAGGGAUCAUCUAGUCUGUGAAUUAAACACUUACAGUGCCACAGACAAACCGGACAACAUGACCCAGGACUCGUCCAGUAUUUACGUUCAGGUUAAUCUGACGGAGGUCUCCGGAGAAUGUGGUACAUUUACUUGCACUCCUCUGCAAAGAUGUGUCAUCACACACUCCGGACCAAGGUGUUUACCGAUAGGUUGUGAAGUGCCUAAAAUAAAAAAUGCUAUUUAUAAGGGUGGCAUCCUGCUGUCCCGAAAUUCAAUGGAAUGUAAGGCUGGAUACAAGAGCUUAAGUCAGGUGUAUUGUGAAGACCGAGGAUUGGAUAAGAAUAUCACUGCAGAGUUUAAAUGCUAUAAGGAAUCCUUGGGCUGGAUACUGGUCUACCGAAGUCAGACUGGAUUGAACACAUCGGAUUAUUUCUCGUUUCUCUCUAACGGUACAGGCGAUGAAACUAACGAGAAUUUUGACGACGAUCAAUGUGCCACUACAAUAAAGUCUCCAGUGUGUAUUUCAGACUAUAGAACAUCACUUAUUGACCAAUGGGACUCGCUGAAUAUUUCACAAGUACGAGUCCAGUUGCACAAAAGUAGUACGACGGUUGCUGAAGUGGUUUUCAACGGGGCAAAUACAACAAAUAUAAACUGGUUCUCUCCCGACCGAAUCCUGUCAAGUUCUUGGUCUGAUGUUACCCCAAACCAAACGUACAACUAUUUCUCUAUAGAAGGACACAGGAAUGACGACUAUUGGAGAAAUUUCCAGAUAUGGCGUAAUUAUGGCGGCUGUCCUAAUGACGUAUUUUGGAUGGCGUCCUCGUUCUCUAUUCCAGGAAUCGGCGGCUGUCCGCAGGAACAGACCAGCACAAAACAAUAUUUCUAUUGUCCAAGCACAACACAAUGUAGUUUUGAAAAUAACAGGGACAUCGCUGACGUCAUGACAAUAUCCAUCAAGAUAUCUAAUGGAGCCUGA